AUGCUCUCGAUAUUGGACAAUGCACCUGAUGUUCAGACACGAAAGCUGCGCCAGCAGUAUCUCAGACCUUCUGAAGUAGAACACGCCAUCCGACGGGUCAUUGAUGCCCGACUCGACAACGCUCCGCUGCGUGUACUCGACACCAACACCGGUCUCUUAUGCGAUCGAGAGACGCAGAUAGGCACCUUCAAAAUGAGCACGCAGUAUAUGGAGCUCGUGUCAUCAACAAUCACGCAUGUAGACUUGCACAUCGAGCACAUCGAAGAAGUGGUGAAGAGAUACCUGCAAUAUGCCAUGCUAUCACACAGGUGGGAAGGGAAGGAGCCGCUGCUGCAGGAUAUCCAGGGCAAGACCGCUUGGAACACGCAUGGAUGGACGUUUCAGGAGUUCAUCGUUCCCAAAGUCAUUCUCUUUUAUCAGAACAAUUGGACUCUUUAUCGAUUCCAUCGCAAUCAUGCAGGAGAUGAGGACACGACGGGCAUAGACCAAUCAGCCGUUGCAGCCUUUCAUCCUAAUUAUGGCGAGAAGCAGGACAAGGCUCUCGGGCGGCUCCUGCAGGAGAUUCGUGGCUCGGUCGGGGGACAUCACUGGCCUCAAUGG